UCCUGAGGAAGUGUAAGGCAUAGCUUGGAAGAGUAGAGUUUACCUGUAUGUUUUACUGUCUCUGGGUUUUACAUUUGUCUUUGAGCAGACAUGAUUUUAAUAUAUUUGUGUGUUAUUGAACGCAAACAAAAGCCAUUCCUACCACCACACCAUAUGAUUGUGUCUCAGUCUGGCUAAAAUCUAAGAAAACUGUUUAUCAUAACAAAAUCUAAUGGAAGCUUGCUGGCAUACCUCUUAAGCGUCAGAGGGUAAUAAGACCAAAAUUAUAAUAAAAUUCAUUACAGGGGCAUUAGCUCAUUAAAAGCACUUCACUUUGUUUGUUUGUCUCAGGUGCUAAUUUUAACCUUGAAAAUUGGUCAGACCGAGCUUCUGAUAUUGAUUUGGGGUUAUCAGUUUUCUGCAUGUACAAGUAAUUCGAUUUGAAAUGUGUUUUAAGCCUGAAUUAAAAGUACUUAGUCACUGGUGACUCAUGGUGAGAAGUUUUUCCUUUUCCCUGCUGGAACAUAUGCCAUUGCCUCCAACCUGGCUUUUUUGAAACCUUGAAAAUAUAAAGAAUCCUACUUUUAUGUACUAGGUUCUGGAAAAGUUCCACUAGGUUUAAGGUGGUGGCAUUAGUGACAAUAUUUUUUAAUAACGAGCACUACCAUUGACUUUCCAAAUAUCUGUACAAUUUUUUUACUUUAUGGGAAUUUUCUCAUCAUAUAUGAAAUUGUCAAAAGUCUACUAGAUAGUGUGUGAAUGACCACAAGGACUUUGUUUUGUUCAUUAUUUUUUUUAAUAAUUAUUUUCGUGUUUGUUUAUUUUUGAGAGAGAGAGAGCACAAGUAGAGGAAGGGCAGCAAGAGAGGGAGAUAUAGAAUCUGAAGCAGGCUCCAGGUGCUGAGCUGUCAGCACAGACCCUGACGCAUGGCUUGAAUCCACGAACCGUGAGAUCAUGACCUGAGCCGAAGUUGGACGCUUAACUGACUGAGCCACCCUGGCACCCCUGUUUUGUUCAUUAUUGUGUUCCUGGUGCCUAGAACAGUGCUUUGUACAGAGAAAGCAAUUUACAUAUUCGUUGAGUGAAGUUACAUAUAUUCUUAAUGAUAGCACAUCUUAGAAAAAUAAUGAAAGUCUGUUGAUGUAAAUUUUCUCCAGCCCUGUUGAAUUAGCUAAUCGUCCAUUUACAAUCAACCAGGUUUGGGAGGCUCUUGAAUUAGCCCAAGGUAGUUCUGCCCUAACAGCUCUUAGCAUUGAUUGUGCCAACCUGAAAUCUCCCUUAGUGGUUCACUUGCAAAAGGAAGAGUAAAUCGGCAACACCCAUAGGCACUUGCACCUGUGGGAACCAAUGGGCGUCCUAACAGGAAAUGCUUUCAGCUUGCAAUACCCAUAGUAAUGUGCAGCACCCAGGUCAUGCUGUUUUUAUCUGCAGUUCCUUAUUAGGACUGUACAACGCUUCUUGAAGUUUUUAAAUUUAUGUUUAAAAGAGAAUGAUCUUUAAAUUUGAGGAAUAAAAUGUGAAUGGUUAUUUUCCUCUUCCUCAUUAUCAAGGAAUUGGUGCAUCAUAAAUGCAAAAGACUGAAGUUUUAAAAGAGGACAAAGGGUUUGCUGCUAAGAUGAAUCUGAGCAAUACGGUAUAUUUUGUGCCAUUCACAAAAAGGUACUAAAAACUUACCACCCAAAAAUUUUAUAAAUGAGAGAUAAGGCUGAGUGGGAUAUCAAAAGCAAAACGUUUGCAAAUACCGGUCACCAUGCCUAAAGGGGUGCCAAAGGACCCAGAGAUUGCUGAUCUCUUCUACAAAGAUGAUCCUGAAGAACUUUUUAUUGAUUUGCAUGAAAUUGGACAUGGAAGUUUUGGAGCAGUUUAUUUUGCCACAAAUGCUCACACCAAUGAGGUGGUGGCAGUUAAGAAAAUGUCCUAUAGUGGGAAGCAGGCAAAUGAGAAAUGGCAAGAUAUUCUUAAGGAAGUCAAAUUUUUACAACAAUUAAAGCAUCCUAAUACCAUUGAAUAUAAAGGUUGUUACUUGAAAGAACACACUGCUUGGUUGGUGAUGGAAUAUUGCUUAGGCUCAGCCUCUGAUUUGUUAGAAGUUCAUAAGAAACCACUUCAAGAAGUGGAAAUCGCUGCCAUUACUCAUGGUGCCUUGCAGGGGCUGGCCUACCUGCAUUCUCAUGCACUGAUUCAUAGGGAUAUUAAAGCUGGAAAUAUUCUUCUAACAGAGCCAGGUCAGGUGAAACUAGCUGAUUUUGGAUCUGCCUCAAUGGCCUCUCCUGCCAACUCCUUUGUGGGCACACCUUACUGGAUGGCUCCAGAGGUGAUCUUAGCUAUGGACGAAGGACAGUAUGAUGGGAAAGUUGAUAUUUGGUCACUUGGAAUCACCUGUAUUGAAUUGGCGGAACGGAAGCCCCCCCUUUUCAACAUGAAUGCCAUGAGUGCCUUAUACCACAUUGCCCAGAAUGACUCCCCAACGCUACAGUCUAAUGAAUGGACAGAUUCCUUUAGGAGAUUUGUUGAUUACUGCUUGCAGAAAAUACCUCAGGAAAGGCCAACGUCAGCGGAACUAUUACGGCAUGAUUUUGUUCGACGAGACCGGCCACUACGUGUCCUGAUUGACCUCAUACAGAGGACAAAAGAUGCUGUUCGUGAAUUAGAUAACCUACAGUACCGAAAAAUGAAAAAAAUCCUUUUCCAGGAGACACGAAAUGGACCCUUGAAUGAGUCACAGGAGGAUGAAGAAGACAGCGAACAUGGAACCAGCCUGAUCAGGGAAAUGGACAGCCUGGGCAGCAAUCAUUCCAUCCCAAGUGUGUCUGUGAGUACAGGCAGCCAGAGCAGCAGUGUGAACAGCAUGCAGGAGGUCAUGGAGGAGAACAGCUCUGAGCCUGUCUUGAUGCACGAUGAUGAAAGCCCAGUCAAUUCCAGUUCCUCUGUUGUGCCCAAGAAGGAUCAUGUAUUCAUAAGGGAUGAGGCGGGCCACGGCGAUCCCAGGCCUGAGCCGCGGCCUACCCAGUCAGUUCAGAGCCAGGCCCUCCACUACCGGAACAGAGAGCGCUUUGCCACGAUCAAAUCAGCAUCUUUGGUUACACGACAGAUCCAUGAGCAUGAGCAGGAGAACGAGUUGCGGGAACAGAUGUCAGGUUAUAAGCGGAUGCGGCGCCAGCACCAGAAGCAGCUGAUCGCCCUGGAGAACAAGCUGAAGGCUGAGAUGGACGAGCACCGCCUCAAGCUACAGAAGGAGGUGGAGACGCAUGCCAACAACUCGUCCAUCGAGCUGGAGAAGCUGGCCAAGAAGCAAGUGGCUAUCAUAGAGAAGGAGGCAAAGGUAGCUGCAGCAGAUGAAAAGAAGUUCCAGCAACAGAUCUUGGCCCAGCAGAAGAAAGAUUUGACAACUUUCUUGGAAAGUCAGAAGAAGCAGUAUAAGAUUUGUAAGGAAAAAAUAAAAGAGGAGAUGAAUGAGGACCAUAGCACACCCAAGAAAGAAAAGCAAGAGCGGAUAUCCAAGCAUAAAGAGAACUUGCAGCACACGCAGGCUGAAGAGGAAGCCCACCUUCUCACCCAGCAGAGACUGUACUACGACAAAAACUGUCGUUUCUUCAAGCGGAAAAUAAUGAUCAAGCGGCACGAGGUGGAGCAGCAGAACAUUCGGGAGGAACUAAAUAAAAAGAGGACCCAGAAGGAGAUGGAACAUGCCAUGCUAAUCCGACAUGACGAGUCUACGCGAGAGCUGGAGUACAGGCAGCUGCACACGUUACAGAAGCUACGCAUGGACCUGAUCCGUCUACAGCACCAGACUGAACUGGAAAACCAGCUGGAGUACAAUAAGAGGCGAGAAAGGGAACUGCACAGAAAGCAUGUCAUGGAACUUCGGCAACAGCCAAAAAACUUAAAGGCCAUGGAAAUGCAAAUCAAAAAACAGUUUCAGGACACUUGCAAAGUACAGACCAAACAGUAUAAAGCACUCAAGAAUCACCAGUUGGAAGUUACUCCAAAGAAUGAGCACAAAACAAUCUUAAAGACACUGAAAGAUGAGCAGACACGAAAACUUGCCAUUUUGGCAGAGCAGUAUGAACAGAGUAUAAAUGAAAUGAUGGCUUCUCAAGCGUUGCGGCUCGAUGAGGCGCAAGAAGCUGAGUGCCAGGCCUUGAGGCUACAGCUACAGCAGGAGAUGGAGCUGCUCAACGCCUACCAGAGCAAGAUCAAGAUGCAGACAGAGGCACAGCACGAGCGAGAGCUCCAGAAGCUGGAGCAGAGGGUGUCUCUGCGCAGGGCACAUCUUGAGCAGAAGAUUGAAGAAGAGCUGGCUGCCCUUCAGAAGGAACGCAGCGAGAGAAUAAAGUACCUAUUGGAAAGGCAAGAGCGAGAGAUUGAAACUUUUGACAUGGAGAGCCUCAGAAUGGGAUUUGGGAAUUUGGUUACAUUAGAUUUUCCUAAGGAGGACUAUAGAUGAGAUUAAAUUUUUUUGCCAUUUACAAAAAAAAAAGAAAAAAAAAGAAAAAAAAAGAAAACAGAAAAAAAUUCAGACCCUGCAAAACCACAUUCCCCAUUUUAACGGGCGUUGCUCUCACUCUCUCUCUCUCUUACUCUUACUGACAUCGUGUCGGACUAGUGCCUGUUUAUUCUUACUCCAUCAGGGGCCCCUUCCUCCCCCCGUGUCAACUUUCAGUGCUGGCCAAAACCUGGCCAUCUCUUCUAUUCAUAGUACACGUCACAGUAUUGAUGUGAUUCAAAAUGUUUCAGUGAAAACUUUGGAGACAGUUCUAACAAAACAAUAAACCAACAACAACAACAAAAAAGUGGGUAUAUAUUGCUUUAAGCAAUCACUCAUUACCACCAAUCUGUGAAAGUAAAGCAAAAAAAUAAAAAUAAUAAUAAUAAUAAUAAUAAUAAUAAUAAUAAAUGCCAAUGGGGAGAGAGACACAAUAUCCGCAGCCUUACACCUUAACUAGCUGCUGCAUUAUUUUAUUUUAUUUUAUUUUUUUGGUAUUUAUUCAUCAGGAAUAAAAAAAUACAAAGUUUUAUUAAAGAUUGAAAAUUUGAUACAUUUUACAGAAACUAAUUGUGAUGUACAUAUCAGUGGUGACAUAUUAUUACUUUUUUGGGGACGGGGGGGUGGGCGGGGUGAAGAGAUCUUGUGAUUUUUAAGAACCUGCUGGCAAGAGUUUAACUUGUCUUCAGCAUAUUCUGAUUGUAUCAUAAUCAUUUUCUGCUGUUGCAGAGGAUGUGAAUACACUUAAGGAGCUCACAGAAUCCCAGUAGCACAAAUUGGGCUUUGGCAAAUCGUGUAUUUUGUGUAUAGAAGGAAUUUAAGGAGAGGUAUUACUUAUUUUCAUAUUGUAUUUUAACUGUUUCUCUGAUCAAAUUUUUUUACUUCCUCCUCCUAUUCCUCCCCACCUUCCUCCUUUUCCAAUUCAGUAUUUGGAGUUCAACACUGUCUCUCAAUCAGAUCAUCUGGAUCUUUUUCUUUAUUUCCCUUCCCCUCCCUGAGUCCCAUAACUUGGUCAUAAAUAUUGCAUUAUUCACACUUUCAAACUGUGUAUUUUCUUACAAUAAAAAAUGAUGAAAAAAAAAA